UGCAUUGUAUCUACUAAAAAUGUAUAGCAGAAAAGAUAGAGAGAGAAAAUAAAAAAUAUAAUAAUAACUGAUAUAGUAGAAAAGAAAAAAAUGUACUUUAUAAUUAUGGUACCAAGUUUGUAAAUGAGUCUGUUAUCCAUGCAGUGCAACAUUAAUUACACACUGUGUGAGUCUCUCCCUUUUCCUGGUUCUUUCUGAAUCAGUUUCAUUCUGGUGCGAGCAUAAAGAGGUAUUCUGGGGCCGGCCUAUUAGGUACAUUCAUUCCUCGGCUAGGGUGGGUGAAUAUUUGUGGUGUUAAGAAGAGGAACAAGUUUUUGGUUUGGAGCAUGGACGUUGUUCGUUCACAAAGAGGUAGUAGUAGAGACACGAGCCCAGACCGUGCGAAAAUAUGCAGGAUGAACCAAAAAGUGAAGCCCUUUAGAAAAGUUCAAGUCGUUUACUAUCUCUCCCGAAACGGUCUUUUGGAGCACCCCCAUUUCAUGGAGCUCACCCUUUUGCCCAAUCAACCUCUCCGUUUGAAAGAUGUCUUCGACCGACUCAUGGCUCUCCGUGGGACUGGCAUGCCUUUGCAAUAUUCAUGGUCUAGUAAAAGGAACUAUAAGAGUGGUUAUGUGUGGUACGACUUGGGUCUGAAGGAUAUAAUACAUCCCGCAGAAGGAGGCGAGUAUGUUCUCAAAGGUUCUGAACUCGUCGAAGGAUGCUCUGAAGCAGAGAGAUUUAAUGUGAGAAACAAGCAGCAGGGAAUUCAUCAACAGGCAGAGGCAAAUUACAAUUACAGUUACGAUUCGAGGAGUAAGGCGUUGGGUGUGUGCAACAAGCAGCAGCAGCAGAGAGAGAGUGAAGAGUUGGAGGAAUACGAGGAGCAAGAAAAGGAGUAUGAGGAGGGAGAGAAAACAAGCUACACGAGCUCCACAACAACCCCACACUCUGGUUGCUCCAGAGGGGUAUCAACGGAAGAAGUGGUUUAUGAGGAAGAAGAAAGCAAGAAGAAGAAGAAGGGUGGUGGUGGUGGUGCAGGCGGAAAUAAUAAGAAGCAUUUAAGUGGAGAGAAAGAGAAAGUGAAGAGAAGGGUGGUGGAUGGUGAUGGGUCGGGGUCGAGUCGUUAUUCAGGUCUGCUGCAGUUGAUAGCGUGUGGGGGUGGGGCAGGGGAGUACAUGAAGGGGAAGCAGGGGCCGCGUCUCAGCGACGUGGGGACCAAAGAAAGAGACAAGAAGGCUUUGUUUUGGGAGGAGGCUGAGACUGAGAUGUCGGAGAAUCCCAGGUUGUUGGGGAAUUUGCAGACAGAGGAGAAGGAGUACUUUAGUGGUAGCUUGGUCGACUCAAUCAAAGCCCACCGGGAGGGUGAGCCUGUGCUCAACAAGUCCAACUCCUAUAACGAACUAAGGAGAAGUAGGCUGGGGAUGGUGACGGAAGAAGACAAGAAGAAGGUGGUGAAGGGAGGAAUGAAAGACAAAUGUAUCCCUCUUAUCAAAUCCCCCAAGACUAGUAGGAAAUGAUGGGAAUCUAUAAUAUUAUGGGAUUUGUAAGUAAAGUAAGCUAUUAAUUAGGGCUUCUUGCCUGCAUGCAUCAUUUGUUUGUUUUCACCUCUUUAACCUCCCUUAAGAUAAUGUUUCUCAAAGUAGAAAUCAUGAACACUUUUUUAAUUUUGUCUUUGACCUUGUAUUAUCCCCCUUGGGCAUAAGCUAACAUUAACUUUCAUUUUAUGUC